CUACCCCCUUGUUGAUUCACCAACAGCUGCUAAAUUGUCUGGUUCUGUCCCAUGUAAAAUACAGAAACUCAUCGGUGUCAGUCUGUCGAUAACCUCCGAGGUGAAUCUGCACGAAUAAAGGCGAACAACCCGAAAUCGAAGCAGUGGUGGUGGUAGAUAUUUAGUUCAAUUUUUACCCUCGGCCUCGGGCUAAUGCUAACCGAUUAGCUCGACCAGUGCAACUGUUUACUUCAAGUAAAGAAAUGCAGGUCUGGACAACUUCUCUUUGAAGUGUGGCGAUGGCCGGUUCCCAGUGGGAGCUUCCUCCAGAGUUGUGCUGUCGGCCCCUGGCCUUCGUGGCUCUUACUGGUCUGGAUGUGGUGUACAACGCUGUGCAUCGAGCUAUUUGGGAUGCUUUCUGUGUCAAUCGUCGAGUAGAUCGAGUCCCCAUCUCUUUUAAAGUACUUCCAGGGGAUCAUGAGUAUCCCAAAUGCCGCACUAAGCGGACCUCCUAUGAAUGGUACAUCCCAAAAGGCAUCCUGAAGACCGGUUGGAUGAACAAACAUCUGAACCUAGUACCUGCUCUGGUGGUUCUCUUUUAUGAACUGGACUGGGAUGAUCCACAGUGGAAAGAGAAACAGUCAGAAUGUGCCACUAAAGUGGAGAUUGUCAGAACCAGUCUCCAGGGCAGGAACACCAAGGUGGCCGUGGUUCUGAUCCAGAAGAAAACCCCUCUACCCCCAGGGGAGGACCUGGUGGCCUCCGAGAGGGCAGCUGCUCUGUGUAAUUCCUGUGACCUCUCUGGUAAAAGUCUCUUUGUGCUGCCACAUACAGACCACCUGGUGGGCUACAUUAUCAGGUUAGAGAAUGCCUUCUACGAACACGCUCAGACGUACUACUACACAGAGAUCCGCCGCGUCAAGUCGCACAAGGAGUUCCUCAACAAAACCACACACCAGCUGCUGUUUGUCAGACACCAGUUUAAGAUAGCUUUCUUCAGUGAGCUGAAGCAGGACACACAGAACGCCCUGAAGUAUUACAGGACAGCGUACAGUCUGGUCCACGAGCUCCGAGCUCAUGAAACCAACAUGUUGGAGAUUAAAACCCUGGCUGGAUUCAUCAACUACAAGAUCUGUCGUCUGUGUUUCCAGCACAACACUCCCCUGGACGCCAUCGCUCAGUUCAGGAAACACAUUGACCUGUGUAAGAAGAAGAUUGGCAGCGCUGAGCUGGGCUUUGAACACGCAGCCUGGAUGUCCAAACAGUUCCAGUCUUUUGGAGAACUCUUCGAUGAAGCCAUUAAACUGGGCCUGACGGCCAUCCAGACCCAGAACCCUGGGUUCUACUACCAACAGGCUGCAUGUUACAGUCAGGAGAGGAAGCAGCUGGCACUGCAGCUCUGCCAGGGUGGGGCCACGUACCCGUCCUCUGACCCACUGGACACUCAAAGUGGAGGACUGGACUUCUUUGGACAAAGACCGUAGAGACCUGGACAUCAGAGUAUUGAUCCUCCAGACGCAGAGAAGGAGAAGUUGGGGAUACUGGCUCUGCAGAUCAAAGAGAGAGAUGUUCCACAUUCUGAGGUGAUAAUUGCCCUCCUCAGUAAUGCUGUUGCCCAGUUUAAGAAGUACAAGUGCCCCAGGAUGAAGAGUCACCUCAUGGUGCUGAUGGGAGAGGAGUACUACCACGCCAAGGACUACACCAAAGCUCUGAAGCUCUUGGACUAUGUGAUGUGUGAUUAUCGCACAGAGCGCUGGUGGGCGCUCCUGACCGCCAUACUGACCACAGCGCUGCGCUGUGCUUAUCUGAUGGCCAGUGUCAAAGACUACAUCAUCUACUGCAUGGAGCUUCUGGGCAGAGCUUCAACACUGAAGGAGGAACAAAAGAGUCGGAUUGACAAGAACCUCAUCAGAGUCCUGAAGAACGAGGUUCCUGACCCUGAGCCGGACUGCGAUCCGUCCUCCGUCAGUGCAGCUGCGUUGCUGUGGAACGACCGCGUGGCCUUAGCUGGAUCCAGUGAGUUCAACAUCGAGGUCCAGGACUACAUACCCUUCAUCCAGUGCAAGGCCCGGUUCCUCUGUCCUAGUUUCCAUGUAGACCAGCCCAUCCAGCUGCAGGUCUUCCUCCAGGCUGAUUGUCCUCACUCUGUAUCAGUGAACAAGCUGGCAGUCAGCCUCAGUAACCAGGAAUACAACCAGUGGUGUGUGAUGGCAUCCUCAGGUCAGGACAGUAUGAUUCUGUUACCUGGAAAAACUCAGUGUUUCAACUUCAGCUUCGUGGCAAAAACUGAGGACGUUGGGAAGAAGAUUGAGAUGACAGGCAUCGAGGUGAUGUUGGGCUGCGACACUGGCCGCUGUGUGUUUCUGAGCUGGAGGGGGGCGGGUGGAGAUGCAGCCUCUACCCAUGAAGCUUUGCAGGCCAGUCGCUGUUCACGCCGAUGGGGACGGAGUGCAGAGCUUUGUAAAGAGUUGGAGUGGGACAGCCUGAGCAUGCAGCACAGCACCAUGAUCAUUUCCAGAGUUCCCAGGAUUUCAGUUCAGCUGAGUCAUCAUCCUCCUGCUCUCAGUAAUGAAAUCUACUGCAUCAACCUCACUGUCCAAUCAGAGGAGGAGGGCGUGGCCAAGGACAUGAUGUUGACAGCUGGUCUUAAACCAGGUCAGGAUGCCAAUCUCGGCCACAGCACCCAUGUGACCCUGGAGGGGUCAAAGGUCUGCGAGGACACUGACCCUGCUCUGCUUCCUGACAUUCCCCUUGGAGACUUGACGGCCGGAGGAAAGUUGGAGACGUGUGUGUAUCUGAGGUGUGUGUCCACUGGUCCGCGGGUCUUCCUCUUCCACGUGGCCUACAGCAUCGACACCACGGUGGAGGGACGACACGUGGUCUGCAAAUGUCACAAGGAUGAGAUCGUAACCAUAGAAACUGUGGAUCCAUUUGAAGUUUCUGCCAAGUUCAUGUCCAUCAAGUUUGAGCCAGUGGAGCGGUUGGCUGUGGACGUUCCUUUCCUGUUGAUGACAGACAUCGUCUCCUCGUCUCCCUGGCCUCUGCUGCUGGCCUCCUCCUCCCUCCACCUCCUUAAUGUGACCAGCAGCCCCCCCCACCCUGAGUCACAGCUGCAGGGAGUGGUUUUACAGACGGGUGAGUCUGCCAGUGAGUGUGUCAGUCUCCUCUGUCCACCACUGACCUCCACCAGCAGCAGCAGCAGCAGCAGCAGCAGCAGCAGCAGCAGCAGCACAGUGGCCACAGGACAGUACCUGAUAUCAUGGAGGAGGAAGACGUCCAGCGCUGACGCUCCGCUGGUCCAGACUACGGUCACACUGCCCCACGUCAUCCUGGAGUCGGUCCCUCUCUACAUCCACGCCGACGUACCGUCAUUCGGACGAGUCAGAGAGUCGCUGCCGGUCUGCUACCACAUCCAGAACCGGACCACUCUGGUGCAGGAGGUGGAAAUGGCUGUGGAACCAUCUGAUGCCUUCAUGUUCUCUGGACUCAAACAGGUGCGUCUCCGUAUCCUCCCAGGCUCUGAGCAGCAGAUGCUGUACAACUACUACCCCCUGAUGGCUGGUUACCAAACACUGCCUCAGCUCAACAUCAGUCUGCCACGCUGUCCCCUCACCAACACACACACCCUGAGACGAUACCUGCCGCAACACAUCUUUGUCAAGCCUCAGGGUCGACCACUGGACGCCGCCUCCAUCGCCGCAGCCUGAGGACACGGCUGUUGUUGACCAGUGGUUCUCCACAGAGACAAGGAAGGACAAACUGGGACUGGGACACGUCUGAGAGUCACUGAGGGAGAGUCACUGAGGGAGUCACUGGGAGUCACUGAGGGAGUCACUGGGGGCGUCACUGAGGGAGUCACUGAGGGAGCCACUGAGGGAGUCACUGAGGGGGUCACUGGGGGAGUCACUGAGGGAGAAUCUGAAGAACGAUGACGUCAUAAUGAACCUGAAACAAACAUGUGUGUGAACUGUGAUCAACCUGUGUGUGUGUGUUGUCAAGAAAAGAAGAUUUGAAUAAAGUCAACCAGACCACAACCAGU